GCGGGAUUAACGGAACUCUGACUUACUUGGUUCUCGGAUAGAAAAGAGCAGAAAGUAAAGUUUAAACCUCAUGAAAGCCCAGAAUGAACGGGACAGCAUACUCCAACUUUGACAACCAAGAACAUGUCCUGAAGCUGGGAGAGACGUUUGAGAAACACCCUAAAAGUGCCUACCACACAGUGCGAUAUGAUUUCAAACCAGCAUCCAUUGAUACGACCUGUGAAGGGGAGCUUGAAGUGGGCAAAGGAGAGCAAGUUACGAUUACUUUACCCAAUUUAGAGGGUUCCAGUGCUCCAGUCACCGUCUUCAAGGGAUCCAAGAGGCCUUAUAUGAAGGAGUGCAUCCUCAUCGUGAACCAUGAUACAGGAGAGUACAGACUGGAAAAGCUCAACAGCAAUAUAGCUGUGAAGAAAACCAGGGCUGAGGGAAGCAGUAAGAUUUAUUCUCGCCUGGAGCAGCAGACCAGUCGCCUGAGCCAGCAGAUGAGGACCAGCAGCGGCAGCAGUAGCAAGACCUCCACCAGCUCCAAGAGCUCCCCUCCCAAAGAGAAAACCUCCCCAGCAUCCCCCAUGGACGACAUUGAGAGAGAGCUGAUGGCCGAGGCCCGGGUCAUGGACGAGAUGAGCAGCGGCGACAGCUCCUCAGACUCCAACAGCUCGUCGUCCUCCAGCAGCGACAGCUCCAGCAGUGAUUCAGAAGACGACCAGACUCCUGCUCCUCCAUCAGCACCGAUAAACCCCAGCAUGCCCAUCAUCACCACCAGCAGCCACCAGGAGGCUGGAGGACUCAUGAACACCCUCAAGAGUGACCUCCAGCUGAGUGAGUCCGGCAGUGAAAGCGACUGAACAUCGGUGGAUUUUCAGUAAAGGAGCCUCAACAUAUCCACAAUUCUGCUCACAGAUAUUAACGUGUUGCUUCUCUGCUGACAGAACGUCAAAUUUUACGUCCCAUUUAUUGCUUUUUGUGUGUGAGAGACGCCUUAGUUCAGACAUGAUGUUGGUGUCAGGGAAACUAUCUAAUGAUCUCACUGGGUGCUUUAUUGUGGUUGAACUGACCAAGGAAAAGUGAGUGGCAGAAUGAAGAUGGAUGUUUCUGCCCGUCAAUCAGUCGUCUUAAACCACUGCUGUCUGCAUUUCAGCUUAACUUUAGUCGUGCCUUAGAUCAGAUAUUAGCUGUGAGCUUAAGGGUCUUAAAGUCUGAAUUAGUUUACAAAUCUGAAUUAGAGGCACAAAUCUGUCAUAACAGAAAUGAAGCAUUAUUAGGAUGAGCCAAACUGAUACGACAGAAUCUUCUGCUUUUGUCUUGAUAGACACAAAAAGUUCUUGUAAACUUCAUCACUAAGCCUGUUGCUUUGGAUUCUUUAAACUCAACUGCAGGGCAACAGAAUAUUUUGAUUUAAUUUAAUGCUGCAUUAAUUACAUUAUUUUAUUUUUGGCCACUUUGAGGGCAACAAGACAAGCUGAAAUGUUACACUGAUAUGUUAUUACCAUAGAAAUUACAGAAGUAGUUAGAAAAAGAAAUCGCAUAUCAAAGUUCAGUGUUUGUUUUUGCUCUGUUUUGGUCUCCACCAGCCUCUGAAAAAUACUUCUGGCGUCCUCAUGUUUGCAGAUAGUUCAUAUCUUCAUCUGUCUGAUGUUUUGUGCAGAAAAGAACUUCCUGCUGAGACUAGAAACGGAUUUGGUGAGAGCAGAGUUGGUGGGCCAGAAGACCAAAACUGCAAAAACUCUUUAAAAAAAAAAAAAAAAAAGAGGAGGUGGGUGAUGGUUCCCUGUAGCUUCACACCUUCUCCAGACCCACUGCACCGAGUCAUUUAUUCAUCGCUAGUUUAAAGAUGCAGCUUUGCAUCUUUUUGUAAGACGUCUCCAAAGCGUCGCAUAUCAUUUUAAUUUCUAUAAAUGGGUUAGUUGUGCACUAGUACUCAGUUAGGGUCUUGCUUUGUAGCUUUAAACCUGCAAUACUUGAAUCUAAUUAUUUUUAUUUCCAAAUUUUCCUCGACCAACAGUGAAUUGCUUAUAUUUUUAUAUAUAUUUUAAUAAUAAGCAAAUCAGAAGUGCAGCUUGGUAUGAGCUGCACAAACAACCCAGAUGCAUAGAAACUGCACCUCAGCAUGAGUUUUUUUUUGUUGUUUGCCUCAGCCAGAUGUUAUGCAGGACUUCCUGUUGUUUUGUGUCUGCUGAGCUGUCUGAAAAUACAGGAAGCUGCUGUUCAUGUUCCAGCAUUUCUUUGGCAUCCCUACUGACUGAUAGUGAGAUAAAUGAAAGUUAAUUAUGUGUUUAGCCUUUCUGAAGACGCUGAACCCAGAGGAUCGUUUGUAAAGUCUUGGAGAGUCAUUUCUUUAUAGUAAAAAUAAAGAUUUUAAUUGUUUCUUGA